CUUCCUCUCUCAGGCAACUCAACUCUCCUGCUUCUUUUUUUCAGUUUCCUCCUUUUUCUUUUCCUUUACGAAUCUAGGGCACCAAGCUACCCUGUUCUCCUCCCCCCUCUUCAACCUGUCAAUUUUCUACUCUUCCCAAAGGCAGCCUUAAACCGCCGUGACACAUUACCCUUCGAGACCACCUCUCCUCAUCCAUCUACUGUGUCCUCAACCAUCAAGAUGUCUUCUGCCGUCGAAAAAGUCGCCGACAAUGUCGCCUCCAACACCACCAACGAGGCUCCCAACGGUACUGCUCCCGCGCAGGAACAGCAGCCGCAGCCCACCGAUGCUGCUGCUGCCAGUGCCGAUGAGGGACGUCGGCUGUACAUUGGGAACCUCGCAUAUGCGACCACUGAGGGGGAGCUGAAGGAGUUCUUCAAGAACUACAAGAUUGAAAGCACCUCCAUCCCUGUCAACCCCCGCACCAAUCGCCCCGUUGGUUACGCCUUCGUGGACCUCGCCACCGCACACGAGGCCAACGCUGCCAUUCAAGAACUCUCUGGCAAUGAGAUCCUCCAGCGUAAGGUUUCAGUUCAGUUGGCUCGCAAGCCUGAGCCUGCGGAGGCCAGGGAGGGUGCUGCAAGUGGCGGUGAGGGCGAAGGCCGCAAAAGGACCGGCGGUCGGGGUCGUGGCCGUGGCCGUGGCCGCGGUCGUGGAGGUCGCAUUGGACGUGGUGGCCGCUCUGAGGCUCAAAAAACCGAGGCCCCCACCAAUGUCCCUGCUCAGGUUGAUCCGUUGACCGAUAACCAGGCCAACAACACUGCUACCACCGAGCAGGGCAAGCCUCGUGGCCGUGUCCAGCAGAAGCAGCGUGGUCCUCCUGAGGAUGGUAUCCCGUCCAAGACCAAGGUCAUGGUGGCCAACCUGCCGUAUGAUUUGACCGAGGACAAGCUCAAGGAGCUCUUCAACGCCUACCAGCCCGUCUCCGCUAAGAUCGCCUUGCGUCCCAUUCCUCGUUUCAUGAUCAAGAAGCUCCAGGCUCGCAACGAGCGCCGCAAGGGCCGUGGCUUCGGUUUCGUCACUCUCAGCUCCGAGGAGCAGCAGGAGAAGGCUGUCAAGGAGAUGAACGCAAAGGAGAUUGAGGGUCGUGAGAUUGCCGUCAAGGUCGCCAUUGACAGCCCCGGCAAGGAGGAUGACGCCCUCGACGCGGCUGAGAAGCCCGAGGAGGCCGCCGCCGCCGCCCCUGCUGCGGGUCAGGAGAACGCCCCGGCUGCUGCUUAAGCAGCUUGUUUUUCUUUGAUUGACAAUACCGUUCCUGUCCAGAACGAGUCUGUCCAUAUGCAGGAUUAUGUUGGAGUAGGACAGACGGAGUGUAAAAGAUGACCAUUAUUGGAAGAUUAUCUUCGUGUCUCUCACGAAGACACCGUGGAAGUCUUACUUUUGAAGGAGAAUAUGCGAUAAACGUGUUUGACGUACGAUGAUUUCUUAUGUUGAAGGAGAAGGCAUUGUCGAAGAUGCACUCACCACCAUCACUGCUACUGGCGAGAAGAUGAUGAGAAUUCAUCUCUUGCUUUAACUUGACCUUAUAACUUACAGACCAUAUCCUGUUGACGAUUUUGUCUCUUCUGCUGUGUCCUAUAUCUUAGCUAUUAUUUAACUUAUGAUGCCGCAAGCUGGCCUUGAAAGACUUUGUCUCCGCAC